AGAGGGGGCGCUAGUGAGUCUGAUGUAUUUGUUUAUUGGCGCAGAAGAAGACAAGCGGAAGUGAAUAAUGUUUGUGGAAGCGCAGCCGUCCGAGCACGUAAACAUCUCGUUUGGAGCGUCAACAAGUUUGUGAAUGAUGUUUGAGAACUUGAGAGAAAGACUUCACCUGGUGCAACAGGAUUUAACGACAGGCCUGAAAACACUUGGAGACAAAACAAAGGAGUCCAAAAGCAGGAAGAAGUCCAGGUUUGAAGAAACUUUUCCUCUUUUCACUGCUGGACACCAAAUCCUUGGCAGGUAUGAGGAGAGCUGGUUUGUACUACACAAGAAAACUAAAGACUGUGGUCACGCUGCACAGGUGGUGGAUGGAGAGGUGGUGAUGCUUUCAGUGCACUGGGAAAAGAGACGCUCUGCACUGACACAACUACAGGAAGAACUGCACAGCUUGCCUGACUUUACACACCAGCUUGACGCCAUCACAACCUCCAUAGCUCACUUAGAGGGUGACUUUGAGGAGAUGGAGAGCAGAUUAGUGCACUUGGAGACCUUGUGUGGUCUCUGUGAGCAGCACACAUCCAAACUGUAUCAUGUUGACCAGCUGGACCUCUUCAAGAAAAAGAAGAGGAGGGAGUUGGAGGCACUGGAAGCUGAGCUCCACACUGAGCACGUGCAGAAGGUGGCAACGUUGGAGCAGACCAGGCAGCACAAACUGAAGCAGCGCCAGAAAAUGUACGAAGAAGCUUUCCACCAAGACCUGGAACUGUACCGAACCACUGGAUGCAUCCAGCACAGAGAAGCCACAGACACAGGUGGGUGUGGCCUGGAUCACAUGACCCUCAUCAACCUAUCAGACCAGGAGGCUCUGGACAACUUCUUGGAUUCUGCCGACGAGUCGUCGCCCGUCUCAGGUCAGCAAGUCUUCUUGUCACCACCAGUAUUCUCUUUACUUGUCAGAGCAGGAAGUUGAGUCGGCUGGAG